AUGGCAGCUAUUCGCCUCCUUCUUGUCGUGGAUGGCUACUUCAGCUUAGGGCCUCAGGACCGGAACGAUCGUAGUUUUUCAGUUUCGCACCUCAUCAAGACAUUGAAAAGCAGUACGGCACCCAAAGUGUCUCUAGAUACUGCCCAUCGAGAUGGUGACCUUGACGCAACAAUCUGGGGCAAAUUUGACUUCGCAGAGUCCGUCACUGAUCUGAGUAUCUAUCAGGAGAUCUGGAUGUUUGGUUAUAAUGGAGCCAACCAGAUGGAUCCCAAGAAUGCAACCAUUCGGCCUCCGCUUCGAGAGCCUGAGCUGCGAGCAAUCUCUCAGUUCAUGCAGAACGGUGGAGGUAUUCUGGCAUCUGGAGACCAUGAAGGUCUCGGAUCAUUCAUGUGUGGCCGCAUACCGCGAGUCCGGUCAAUGAGAAAGUGGUUUUCAGCAAAGGACACAAGCCCAGAUAUUCCGGCUGAAGCUCCCCGGAAUUGGCCAGUCAGUGGUCCAGAUCGAGCUGACACACUUCAGAAAGGCGUCGAUGAUGAAUAUCUUUUCACGAACCAGUCUGACGACAUUCCGCAGCCAUUGAAGCUGAUUGAAGUGCCCAGGACUGGAAUUCAUGAAGUCUUCAAGUUAGAUUCUCAAACGGUUCUGCAGCAUUUUCCAGACCACUUCCACGAAGGUGAAGUGCUUGGCUUCGGAGGUGUAGAUGAGAAGAGUUCCAAACCAUGGACUUUAGAAGGUAAGCUGACCUUUGACGGCAAAACAUUCGUCGAAUAUCCCAGCAAUGGCAGCGGCCACCAGGAGGUGCCCCAAAUCAUCGCUACAGGCACAGUGACCGGCGGACACAAAACGGCCGUCGAGAAGGGCAAGCUUUGUGAAAGCGGCUUUGAGGAGGAUGACUCGCUCACGAAUGCAAAGACAAUCAACACGCUAUCUGUUUAUAAUGGUCACGAAGUAGACGUCGGUCGCGUGCUGACAGACUCGUCUUUCCAUCAUUUUUGCGACCUGAACCUGAUAGGAGAUCCUUGCGCAGUAGCGAAGAGGACCCAAGGAUUUGACCUUGGAUUUUUGGCCGAGAUGGACCAUUUCUUGUUGAACGUAGUGAAGUGGCUGGCACGCAAGUAG